AUGUUAGCUGCCGCUUCUAAUACGCAUUGGAGGCCGACUGGGACACACAAAGCGCUUUGUCGCGCCCUCAAGAAACUCGAGAAGGAGAACCCUCAAAUACCUCCAAUAGAGAUUCCGCGCACUGAGCCCAUCCUGGAUCCUGGCCAGCUGGCCAGCUUGUGCGACAGCCACGAUCAGAAUAUGCGCGAGGUGAUUGAGCGGACCAUGGGCCGGGCGCUGGAGAUGCAUGAGCGGUCGAUAAUCGAAUGGGAGCCCCGAUGUCUCGUCUGCCCACGUACUGAUCAACUGCUACGCUUCGAGACCGGCUUAUCGGGGAGCGCCGCGCCACGCCUCAUACCAUGCCCCCAAUGCAAUCUGAGCUUCUGCUGCUCGGAUGCACACUGGGCCGCUGCUCAGCAACUUCACCACACCUCGUCCCAGUGCGAACUCAAUCACCAGGUGCGCGCCGACGUUGUGUUUGAGGUGGCGAUGGCUUCUUCAGGGCGGGACCCUCGCGGUGCUUUCAUCUGGGCGCCUACUCGCCUUUCCACUCACUUUGUCUCACUACUUGGAAGCACUGGACCCAAUCGGACCGUGGAUCCGGGCAAUGUCUGUUCAUUUGGCGAUGCCCAUGCGAUCUUGCAUGCGCUUGAGAAGUUGAAUGAGAGAAGCCUGGCAUGGACAAGGAAGGACCUGUUGACUGUCCACGUCAUGGGCGCAACCUCAAACGAAAUUGCAGCCGACAGGACUUUCGAGGAAAUCUUGCACAGAUUGCCCGAUGUGCAAACCUUGAAGCUCGUUUUCUGUGGUCCAGACAUGGCAGACAGUGGUCGAGUGUCAACCGCCAAGACCUGCACGUAAGUCCGUGGGAUCUGCAUGUGCUAUCAGUGUCCGACAUAUCUAUGAAGUGACUGUUCUAGCCGAGGCCGACAGCGGGUGAACGAAUUUCAGAAUCAGUAUGUUCUGCGCAGCCUACAAGAUAUAUGAUGCUCAGAGCUAGUAGCGCAUACCGUGACUACAUGCGCCAAUCAAAAUUCUCUCCUCCAGACCUCGCGAUAGCAUACAACUCCAGUGCGACUCAAGGUCCCCCGGAAACAUGGUCCGAAACCCUGGCCAUGCUUAUCGCCCAGCGGGUACCAUCCGUGUUUCUCGUCAGUCAUCAGCUUCUUCAGGAAUGUUCGUGACAUGCGUUCGACAGGCAUCUGACCGAGAGGAAGCGGAGACGAUAUCCAGAUUCCUUUUCUCACCGUCCGGGGCGCGGUUGAUCCCUGGCCUGGGGCCAGAUCCGUGGGGCAGCACGCGAGUUUUUCCACAGUCAGUCCGCCCAUUCGGCUUCUACGCGUCGAAUGCGUGGUUUGUAGGCGGUUUCCGCGGACCUUGAGAAUGGAAACCCGCCAAGAAUUGCACGUGAUUUCCAAAUGCAUGAGUCUUUUGUGCACCAGUCCGCUGGCCGUUUGUACAGCUACGCAUCUCCUCUGUUUUGCGCCGAAUGACAGUCUUCGAAGUUCAAUCUGAGCAAGUGGGAAGCGAGCGAAGGCGCAUCAAUCUGUGAUAGCUGGCGGAGUGGAGUAGGUCAAGAGCGGGGAAAUGGCGGGUGAUGAUUUCGCCACUGAUAUGGCAGCAUUUCGCGUGGUUUGGAGAGGUCAAAUUACACGCUCGGUGCUCUCGGAGAAGAGCGUAAUCCUGCCGCAUUUUGCCUGGUCUCGACUUCAUCUUCACUCUAGAUCUUACCUGGUGGUUUUACUUGGUGGUGUCCUUCUCACAAGAACACGAGAUAGAGGAAGCUAGUUUGGAGCAAAUGGAAGCUAUUCAAGUCUUGAGCUGUGCUGUGCCUGGCCGCAGAUGGCGUAGAAUCAGGCCCGACUACGAGAUGCAAGUACUUGGGAAGGCACUCUACAUGUAUGUUUGGAGCAGAUGAAGAUGAAGUGAGGAUCUUGGGUGGAGGCGCUUUGCGCGAGUAGACAGCGAAGAUCGUGUUUGGGAAUGCUGGACCGACACUUGGCGGUCCACUCUACAUGCGCGAUGUACAUAUGAUACGAGAACGAAGAUAGCGAGAUGAUAUAAGUGUCGGCCGACGAAGAUGUUGAUAUUAGCAGAGAAAGGGGAGACCACAGAGUGGAAGGGAUCAGGAUGUCGGAAUGCUUCGGUCUAGGAUCCGACUCGGUUGCUAACGCCUAGCAAGCACGCACCAACAAUCUUUGUGACCAAAUCUUUUGCAUGAAUGCGCUUCUGACUUCUCUUCAAGUUCUCCAACACGUACUCCACGCAUAAUGGAUCCAGACUGACUUCGACACAUCGAUCUCGGGCGGCGUCGUGGUUUUGGAAAGAGUAGUCACAGAGUUCGUUUGAUGCCAUGAUCCUCCCUGGUAAACACUGCGAAACAGCCAAAUGACUCCAAGGUUGAUUUCUGACGCCCAAGACUUGUGGUUCUCUAGCCCUGACUGAAAACAACAUGAACAUUUUCAACCAUCUUCGGGGUCUUUUCGCCAUGGCUGAGGAGCUUAGAUUCGGGCCGGAAUGUUAUCUGAUAGUUAAUAGACCUGCCUCGAUUGCUCAUCGGGAUUACACAUUCAUCCCCGCCCCUCAGAACUUGCGCUGUCACCGCUAACCGCGGGCAGGCGCAACUUCCUGCCGACCUCGGACUCAAAACGCCCCGAUGGAUCAAGAACUGCCCCCACGCUUGUUUCGCCAUGGCAAAAACAGGAAGUGCUGUCAGAGAUCUUCGUUGAAGUUGACGCAGAUUCAUUCAGAGCUUCGGCCUAUGAGCCGAAAGAGUUCCGACUCGAGACAGACUUCGCGCAGGGUGCACAAGCAAAACUUCUAUAGCGCUCAAGAACUGACCAGAAAACUCAUUCCGCUUGCUGAAUGAGUGCUCGAGGAGUCGAGAUAAUGGAUGCCGGACAGGACCACUCUCCAAAAAAAGAAAUGGAAUACAAUGAGCAGCACGAAACGAAGCCGGAGAAUUGUUGAUGGGUGCUCCAUAGGCAGUCUGGCCGUGUCCCAGAACCGUAGAACUCUCUUGGCUCAAUCCGAGGAUCGUGCCGAGAGCCCGCCUGGGAUUCUGCUGACGUUGAGGAGAUCGCGGCAGACAUAGGGCACUUCCGCUCGUUCAACUAUAAAAACGGAGACAAGCUCAGCACUGAACAUCGCAUCUCAGUACUACGAGUCAAGCAUUCAUCCAUGGCAGCUCCACAGCAACAGCAUCCCGCGACCGUCAAGGUUCUAGGAUUCGGUGUGUCCCGCACUGGAACAUCCUGUGAGCGUCGUUGCGGAUGGCCAACACCACUACCGACUGACUGCGUACAGCGAUGAGAUCUGCCCUUCAUGUGCUCGGAUACGAGCCAACCAACCAUGGUUUUGAUCUUUUUGACGAGGCCGAAGUCAUGCACCAGUGGAUUCGGGCCUUGGAGGCCAAAUACUACGGGAUCGGCAAACCCCUCGACGCAGAUGAGUGGCGCCAGUUUUUGGGUCAAUUUCAGGCAGGCAAAUCCGAGUAGGAACUGUUUGCUUUUCACUAACUUGCACGAAUUGCAGGGCGUCACCGACAUCCCCCACUACCUCUUCGUCGAGGAGCUGCUUGCUGCGUACCCCGACGCAAAGGCGCCUGUCACCUACCGCGACCCGAAAGAGUGGUGGAAGUCGUUCGCAUCGACCGUCCUGAAAGUGUGCGAGCCGGUGACCACCUCCGUUCACGCGUCUCCCGACGAGUCGCUCCAGGUCCUCCGUGCGCGCCUCUGCAGCAUGUGCUUCGCGGCGCUGUUCAAAAUGCGUCCGGAAAACAUGCAGCAGGAAAACAUCACCGAGGAGAUCGCGAUCGCGGCCUUUGAAGCCCACUACGAGUAUCUCCGCGCCGUCGUGCCGAAGGAUCGCCUGUUGAUCUUCAGCGUCAAGGAGGGAUGGGCCCCGCUGUGCGCGUUCUUGGAGAAGGAAAUCCCUGCCACGCCCUUCCCGCGCAUCAACGACACGGACCAAUUCAUCGCCGUGUUCCCUGACAUCUUGAAGAACGGCAGACAGAUUAAGUAAGAGUAGUAGACAGACAAGAAAGAGAGGCACGAAUUGUUUUUUAUGAAGCAGUUGUGCCUCAGAUAUAAGUAGCGAGAAGAUUUGCAAUGAAAACUAGACCCAGG